CUCAGUCGGAGUCUGUAUGGUCUGUACCCGUAUAAGUCGAGCAUGAUUGGGCUGGAGUCUCUGGCGGACCCCUCGUCAGAGUGGGACAUCGUAGAGACCAUCGGCAAAGGCACCUACGGCAAAGUCUACAAGGUCAACAGCCGCAAAGAUGGCAGCCAGGCCGCUGUCAAAGUGCUCGACCCCAUCAACGAUGUGGACGAGGAGAUCGAGGCGGAGUACACCAUCCUGAAGUCGCUCUCCAACCACCCUAACGUGGUCAAGUUCUUUGGCAUGUUCUUCAAGGCAGACAACCUGUCAGGAGGCCAACUGUGGCUCGUACUGGAGCUGUGUAAUGGGGGCUCAGUAACAGAGCUGGCUAAGGGGAUGCUGAUGAGGGGGAGGAAACUGGAGGAGCCCAUCAUUGCCUACAUCCUAUGUGGUGCACUGCUGGGUCUGCAGCACCUCCACAAUAACAGGAUAAUUCAUCGUGAUGUGAAGGGCAACAACAUCCUCCUAACCACUGAUGGUGGCGUCAAGCUGGUUGACUUUGGUGUGUCUGCCCAGCUUACCAAUAACCGCCUGAGACGCAACACAUCAGUAGGCACGCCUUUCUGGAUGGCACCAGAGGUGAUAGCGUGUGAGCAGCAGUAUGACUACUCGUAUGAUGCGCGGUGUGACGUCUGGUCUCUGGGCAUCACGGCUAUAGAGCUGGCGGAUGGAGACCCCCCGCUGUCCGAGAUGCACCCGGUCAAAGCCCUCUUCAAGAUACCCCGGAAUCCUCCGCCUACGCUGCGCCAGACAGAUCAGUGGUGUAGGAGCUUCUGUCACUUCAUUGCCCAGUGCCUGAUAAAGGACUUUGAGACGCGUCCCUCUGUGACCCACCUGCUGGAGCACCCCUUUAUAAAGCAGGCCCAUGGCCAUGACAGCACACUCCGCACACAGCUGUCCUCCCUCAUCAAGGAGCAGCAGGAACACGGAUGCAGGAGGAGGACCAGGCACGAGAGGAUCAACACGCGCAAGACGCUGAUCAUCGAGAGCUCUCCUGAUGAUGACUUCGUCAACCUGGAGGUGCUGGAUGAGGACACGAUCAUCAGCCACCUCCAGAGACGCUAUGAGGUGCUGCAGAUCUACACCUAUGUAGGAGACAUCCUCAUCGCACUCAACCCCUUCCAGAACCUCAGCAUAUACUCCCCUCAGUUCUCCAAACUGUAUCAUGGGGUGAAGCGCUCAGAGAACCCUCCUCACAUCUUCGCCACAGCAGACGCUGCUUACCAGAGCAUGGUCACCUUCAUCAAAGAUCAGUGUAUCAUCAUUAGUGGGGAGAGUGGAGCUGGGAAGACGGAGAGCGCCCACCUGAUCGUCCAGCACCUCACCUUCCUGGGAAAGGCCAACAACCGCACCUUGCGUGAGAAGAUCCUGCAGGUGAACCCCCUGCUGGAGGCCUUCGGUAAUGCGUGCACCGCCAUCAACCACAACUCCAGCCGUUUCGGCAAGUACCUGGAGAUGAAGUUCACGCCCACUGGCGCCGUCAUGGGAGCCAAGAUCUCUGAGUACCUGCUGGAGAAGUCCCGAGUCAUCAAGCAGGCCGCAGGAGAGAAGAACUUCCACAUCUUCUACUAUAUUUACGCCGGCCUCUACCACGAGGAGAAGCUGAAGAAGUACAGCCUGCCUGACAAAACACCUCCACGGUACAUUGAGAGCCAGAAUGGCCAGGUGAUGCAGGACAUCAUCUCCAGUAAAUCCUACAAGGAGCAGUUUGAUGCCAUCCAGGACUGCUUCAGGAUCAUAGGCUUCACAGAGGAGGAAGUGAACUCGGUGUACCGCAUUCUGUCGGCCAUUUUGAAUACGGGCAACAUUGAGUUCACCUCCAUCACCUCUCAACACCAGACUGACAAGAGCGAGGUGCCCAACUCAGAAGCUCUGGACAAUGCGGCGGACCUCCUGAGCAUCGGUUCUGAGGAGCUUCAGGAGGCCCUGACGUCGCACUGUGUGGUGACGCGAGGCGAGACCAUCAUUCGCACCAACACGGUGGACAAGGCCAUCGACGUGCGGGACGCCAUGAGCAAGGCCCUCUACGGACGCCUCUUCAGCUGGAUCGUCAACCGCAUCAAUACCCUGCUGCAGCCCGACGCCAACAUAUGCGCUGCUGAGAAUGGCAUGAACGUGGGCAUCCUGGACAUCUUUGGUUUUGAGAACUUCAAGAAGAACUCUUUUGAGCAGCUGUGCAUCAACAUUGCCAACGAGCAGAUCCAGUUCUACUUCAACCAGCACAUCUUUGCACUGGAGCAGAUGGAGUACCAGAGUGAGGCUGUGGAUGCCAGCCAGGUGCUGUAUGAGGAUAAUCGGCCAAUCCUGGACAUGUUCCUACAGAAGCCCAUGGGCCUGCUGUCACUAUUGGACGAGGAGAGCAGAUUUCCUCAGGCCACUGACCAAACACUCGUGGACAAGUUUGAGGACAACCUGCGCUGCAAGUACUUCUGGACACCCAAGCGAGUGGAGCUCUGUUUCGGAAUCCAACACUAUGCAGGAAAGGUUCUUUACAACGUGAACGGGUUCCUGGAGAAAAACCGAGACACCCUCCCGGCGGACAUUGUGGUGUUGUUGAGAACCUCCGAGAACAAGAUCCUGCAGCAGCUCUUCUCCAGCCCCCUCACCAAGACCGGUAAUCUGGCCACGUCCAGAGCCAGGAUCACAGCAGCCUCCAGGUCCCUCCCACCACAACUCAGCAACGGACGCAACAAGUCUCCCAAAUACCUGCUGAAGGUGGACACUAUGGAGAUGAUGCGUCAUCCAGAGGAGACCACCAACAUGAGGAGGCAGACCGUCUCCUCUUACUUCAGAUACUCCCUGAUGGACCUGCUGUCCAAGAUGGUGGUGGGCCAGCCCCACUUCGUGCGCUGCAUCCGGCCCAAUGACGAGCGGGAGGCGCUGCGCUUCACCAAAGAGCGUGUGCUGGUCCAGCUGCGCUACACCGGUAUCCUGGAGACCGUCAGCAUCCGUCGCCAGGGCUACUCACACCGCAUCCUCUUCGAGGACUUUGUCAACAGGUAUUACUAUCUGGCCUUCCGAGCGCAUGAGAUGCCUGAGACGAGUAAGGAGAAUGCCGUCGUCAUCCUGCAGAAGACAAAGUUUGAGCACUGGGUCAUCGGGAAAACCAAGGUGUUCCUGAAGUACUACCAUGUGGAGCAGCUGAACCUGAUGCUGCGGGAGGUGAUGGCCCGUGUGGUGCUGCUGCAGGCCUACACCAGGGGCUGGCUGGGGGCCCGCCGCUACCGCAAGCUGAGGGAGCGACGCAGCCACGGGGCCACCAUCAUACAGUCAGCCUGGAGGGGUUAUCUUGCUCGCCAAACUCUGAAGCUGAUCCGCAAGGAGCGUGAGGAGGCAGCCGUCCGCAUCCAGUCAGUGUACAGGGGUCAUCGAGCGAGAACGGACUACAGACAGAACCGCCAGUCCGCACCAGCAACUCUGGAGAGUGAUAUUGACGCCCAGAGGACAAACUCAGCCACGGAUAAUCACACCCUCAAAAACAAGGCCACAGCUGACAGCACUGGAGGAGGAGGAGGAGGAGGAGGAGGAGGAGUGUGGCAGGGCAAGGCAGACAGCCUUGACAUGGGCCUGUGCCGAGACGGCAGCGGGAGGCGCAGGGAACUGGGCAGGAGCGGCGCAGUGGGCACCAGCGGAGGAGGAGGUGGAGGUGGAGGUGGUGUUGGCAAGAACAUGGGCAUCCACCGGGAAUCGCAGAAUAAACAUGGGGCCUUGGUGAGGGGUCAGAAGAGAACUCCUCGUAGACGAGGCCACCAACCCAAACUGCUCAAUAGCCCUGAAGACAGCCUGUACUACAACCAGCUCAAUCGUGCUAUGGACUACCAGGGGAGCAAGAGGAAGCCGAGGAAACUUGGUCAGAUCAAGGUGUUGGAUGGAGAGGAUGAGUACUACCGGUUGCUGUCCACAGCUGACUCCAUCCCAGAGGACGACCUGCUCACCUCACCAGGCCCUCCCAGCAUGUCCAAUCACCACGCGCUCAUCGCACAACACACCUGAGGUGGCCUUCAGUGACCUGAUGAGGAGGGCCGCUGCUCCUUCGAAUGAGUGUAUGGCCAUCUGUGGCUGAAGCGGACCGGGAGAUAUGGUGGAAAACCUGUUCCGUUAUGUGGCAUCACCAAUUUUGUAAAUAAGUUUUCUUAAAUGGACUUUUUUUUCUUUCGUUGUUUGUGGAAUGCUUGUGGUGGGUGAAAGAUUGUGUAAAUAUAAUAUAAUAUAAUGCUGUUUGUACAUGUUUUGUAUGUUUUGCUUCUCUGUGGCAAUGAAGUGUGAAUGUGGUCUGUUUGUGCUGAGCUGGGGAAAAUCACUGUCUUACGCUUUCUUGAUCUACUACUUCCAGCAUUCUUGGGUUGAUUUUUAUUUGAAGUCAUUUUCUGAAUCACACAAAAUACUCCUAAAUGUACAAGCUCUUAACACACAAAUGUUUUGUACCUAACAACACUGUAAUAAAGUUCAUGUAAAGUCA